ACAGCCUCCGCCAUUGCUUUCGAUGUCUUUGGCCUGGCAGUUCCAUUUGAAUUUUCGGUGGCGGUUGCUGACACGAAGAAGAGCACACACUAAAAAUUAGAACAAAAGAACACCGGAACUGUGCACUUUUCGAGGCCACAUUCUUAUCCGGAGGAGCGUUUCACUCAUUGAAAGUUUUUUGCAUUUUUUGACGCGUUGACGUUUUGCAAAUUGAAAGUUUUCUCCUUCCCGAAACACACACACAAAAGAAUGCAAUUUUUGUUGGUUUUGCUGCUUUCGGCGUCGGUUUUGAGCGGUUCAGGUGUUUCAGCUCUGCGCUGCUACACCUGUCAGGACUGCGAUGAGACGGCCAAGCUGAGCGAGAUGGAGGUGUGCAGUGGCUCGCCCACGUCUGCGAAUGGUGAUGGAAUGUUGAUGGCUGCCAGUCCCAGCCAGAACCCCAGUGUGGGUCCAGCCAGUCCUGCUGCCGUUCCGGCUGCCAUUCCAGGAACCGCCUCAGCCCCCGCUCCCGCUCCCGCCCCAGCUGCAGCUAUUCCUGCUGUUGCUGCUUCUAAUGGUAGCGAGGACGAGGAUGAGGACUAUGACAGCGAUGAGUCAGCUCCGAAUGCGCCACUAUCCCCCAUAGGCAUCGGAGCAGCUGCUGCAGGAAAUGGUGUUGGAGGAACAGCAGCUGGAGGUGGAGGUGGAGGAGGAGUUGGAGCAGGAGUGGGCACGGGAGCUGUUGCAGGUGGUGGCGCUCCUACUGCUGCUGCAGCCGGAACUCCAGCUAAGCCCGGCUCUGCGCUAGCCUCUGUGGACAGCGAUGCUGACGAGGAUGAAGACGAGGACGAGGACGAAGAUGAAGAUGAUCGACGCAGGCGUAGAACCGCCAGACAGGUGUCUGACAUUGCCGUAUGCUACACAGCCCGGCUCCAACGUAACGACACAGUGAUCACUAAUCGUGGCUGCACCAUGGCCAGGUCGGGCAAUUCGACCACCGACGGCGCCUGUGAUGCACUCUUCGAGAACUGGAGCGUGGUGGGGUGUACACUGUGCGAGGAGAAUGGCUGCAAUCAACCCAUUGACAUAAGCAUCGGAUCGAUGAGUGGAUCUGGCUCAAGGUCGACGUCAGCCCAGUGGACAAUCUCAGCACUGACGCUGCUGGCGAUUAUUGUGGCCUAAAGUGUGAAGCGAAAUAAUAAUAUACACAAAAUAUAUGGCCCCAAAACAGAA